UUGAUGAAAAAAAGGUCACGAACUCUGACCCUCCCACCAACUGCAACAAACAGUUAAAAUAGUAAUAUAUUGAAGACUAUACAUUAUCUGACUGAACAGAUCCUUAUCCGGUAAGAUAUAUUUACUAAUGUGGACGCACGAGAGAUUCAAGAACGAGACACGAGUGGCCAGUAACGCAGGAAGAGAGGGAGUGUUCAGUAACGGUAGGUCUACAGCAGGGAAGCAACCGUUAGCUACCAGUUAGCAAACAGCUAGCAUAGCUCGUUAGCGCUGUCGUGCGGAGCUCCGCUUUUACAAUUCAAAUUAGGCAAGUAUGCAAUCCAAUUGGUAUGUAUACGCGACUGCACAUCUGGCACUGUAUAUAAUAUUAACGCUGCAUGUUAACGCGUAGCUAUUCGGUAACAGUGAUAUUGUUAACGGGUAUGCUAGUUAGCCAACUAGCUUCGUCAGGUCAGCUAACUAACCAUGUUCCCGUUAGCUGAUGUUAGCUGCACUGCUAGCUUUGCUAGUUAGCCUCCGCAAACUAAACAGCCACAACAUUAAAUUAAGUCCGACUGUGAGACCGGCGCGUCGUAGUGUUAAUCAUCAUUAUUUGUCUUGUCGAUUUCCCGAUUUAAAUGGAAGUCCAGUGCCAGAAUUAAUGCGAAUUUCGCCCCGUUGUGAAAACCGAAGUCCCGCCGUUUGACUCUGCGCUUCGGCAUCAUGGGCCCUGAACCCUAGCGUGCUUUAACCCUUCAAUGUUGACCUUUCACCCACAGGAAAAGAAAUACCUUUAUCUUCCGUAUCGAUUUGAAAUAGCGGGGCUGUCAAGAGCUUGUUUGUGUUUACUACUGCAGCUUUACCACUCAUUCGUUGAAACUCAUCCGUGAUAUUACGCCGUAUUUUAUACGGUACAGUUUCGAGCUAGCGCCUCCUAGAUUGGUUAGGCCACAGACUAACAUAAGUUAGUGGCACGCAUUAUAAUAAAUAAAAUGUUCUACAUUACCUGUCAACACACAUCAUUCCAAGCUAAUUUUGACUUAGUUAACGCUAGCUCUUAAAUGUUAAGAAAUAUGAAUCACGUCUUGGUCAGAAAUAUCUUCUAGCUAAAGGGAAAGAUGACGUUAAUAGCAAGCAUGAUGCAUAAGAGUAGCAUUAGUUAUAACGUACGUGAGAUAAUUAGGUGUUUGUAAGACGUACUCGUUCCUAGUGGUCACCUUAAUAACAGCUCUGAACUAUGAAACUGUGUAUCAAAUUGAAAAUAUUUAAAAUCCGACCUCCGGGUGGCUCGACACACAUCAGCAUAUAAAACAUGCUAUUUACACAUGUGGUAAAAGUUAUAUGAACUGUUUUAUGCGGUCGAAAUUACACAUGGAUCUGAAACGUCUAUUAAAAGAUAAGGCUCAUAAUAUUCUAUUGUUAACAAGAUAUCAUUAAAGACCAAAACAAACAUUUCAUUGAUCUGAUAAAUUAGUAUUGUCAUUGUAGCGUGAUACACCUUAUUCAUUCAUAUCAUAGACCUCCACUGUUGCCCAGAAGCUUUACAAAAAAACAAUUGAGCCCCACCGUUGCACUGGGUGUGUUGUUUCUUCAUUAGCUUGAACAUGGGGCACUGUAGUUUAUUUUGUGCCAACCCUACAUACACUGACCUGCUUCUGUAAAUACUUACUAGAACACUUCAUGUGUACAAAUCUGCUAACAAUCGUCACCAGAAAAGCACUCAAUGUUCUACUCCUGUUGAACAUUUGCUAAAAACUACAUUGCCUCCCUGUUUUUUUUGCUUAUCCUUUAAAAAAUGGGUCUAUAUAAUUGAUGGCCUGUUAAAAACAAGUAUUUGAGAAGUUGUAUACAUGAGUUUUGAUGGCAGUAAGAGAAUAAAAGAACACUGUCAUCCUUAUCCUUGUAGGUAUUCUUUACCUGCCCCAAAGUUUGCUUUAAUACGACAUAAAGUAAAAUAUAUCCUCUCUCUCGGCAGGUGUCCAUGCCUCAUGGGGCGCUGAUGUGAAGACCAUUACAAGAAGGUGCGUGCGGUAUCAGAAUGGAUGGACAGACUCAAAGGAUUCAACUUGUGUCAGCAGACAGCAACAUGGCAUUAGGACACAGAAUCCAGAUUGUAACUGAUCAGCAGACUGGCCAGAAGAUCCAGAUCGUCACAGCACUUGAACCAUCUUCCCCAGGAAAGCAGCAGUAUAUCCUAACGAACGCUGACUAUUCCCCUGGUGGGAAGGUGAUCCUCGCCAAGCAGGAAGGUUCUCCCAACAAGGUCAUCCUCACCGCUCCGGACGGCUCUGGGGUUAACCAGCUGUUGUUUGCCUCCCAUGAUCUGGCUGGGCAGCAGAUUCAGUUUGUGACUGAAGGUUCAGACCAGUCCCUUGUGAAGUCGGUUGUGGAGUACUGCGUUGUCUGUGGGGACAAGGCCUCAGGGCGUCAUUACGGAGCUGUCAGCUGUGAGGGCUGCAAGGGCUUCUUCAAACGCAGCAUUAGAAAGAACCUAGUGUACACGUGCAGGGGCUCCGGAGAGUGUGCCAUCAACAAGCUCCACCGAAACCGCUGCCAGUACUGUCGACUGCAGCGCUGCAUAUCUCUGGGCAUGAAACAGGAUUCUGUGCAGUGUGAGAGGAAGCCUGUUGAAGUGACCACAAGGGAGCGAUCCGUCAACUGUGCAGCCUCCACUGAGAAAAUCUACAUCCGCAAAAACCUGUGUAGUCCUCUGGCUGCCACACCCACUUUUAUGUCUGACAAAGAAACUGCUAGGUCUACAAGUUUGCUUGAGUCAAGCAUGUUGCUCAACAUCCAACAACCCUUCUCCAAGAUGGAAAACACCAUCUUGAUUCCAGCAUCCCCUGACAAGGUCGACCUAUCUCAAGGGGACCUCGGCACGCUGGCGAAUGUCGUGACGUCCCUCGCCCACCUCAACAAGGCCAGGGAGGCAUGUGACGGCGGCAAUGACCUGAUGGGAGACGAGACGCUCAGCAACGGGGACAGCUCCAUGACGGACAUCCAAGGAGAUGAGCAAAGUGCAAGCGAUAUCACUCGAGCUUUUGACACCCUGGCUAAAGUCCUGCACCCUGGUGAUGGCCCAGCGGCAGAUUCCUUGGAGGCCACAAUGCAGCUGAUGUCGGGGGACCAGUCGGGUCCUGUGGUGGAGUUGGAGGGACCUAUACUCUCUGACAGCCAUUUCCCUUUCAAACUUAUGAUGCCUUUGCCUGUGCCAGAGUACCUCAAUGUCAACUACAUCUGUGAGUCAGCUUCCCGGCUACUUUUUCUCUCUAUGCACUGGGCACGCUCCAUUCCUGCCUUUCAGACCCUUGGUGGUCAAGACAAUGACAUUAACCUAAUGAAAGCCUGCUGGAAUGAGCUGUUCGCCCUGGGUCUGGCACAGUGCUCCAACGUCAUGAAUGUUGGUACCAUCCUAAGUGCUAUUAUCAACCAUCUGCAGACCAGCUUACAGGAAGAUAAGCUGUCCCCAGAUCGAGUAAAACUAGUAAUGGAGCACAUCUGGAGAAUGCAGGAGUUCUGUAACAGCAUGAUCAAGCUGUCCCCCGACUCUUAUGAAUAUGCAUACCUCAAAGCCAUCGUUCUCUUCAGUCCUGAUCACCCAGGCAUCGAUAACACACCACAGAUAGAGCGGUUUCAGGAGAAGGCCUACAUGGAGCUGCAGGACUACGUAACCACGUCCUACCCAGAAGACUCCUAUCGGUUAUCCAAGCUGUUGCUGCGUCUUCCUGCCCUCAGGCUGAUAAGUGCAGCUGUCACUGAGGAGCUGUUUUUCGCUGGGCUCAUUGGCAAUGUGCAGAUCGACAGCAUCAUCCCGUACAUCCUCAAGAUGGAGUCCACCGAUUAUAACAGCCAGGCCGUCUCUGGGGUCUGACCCGCCGUGCCAUUUGUAUUUGCAACUUUGGACUGUUCAGACUGGCCAGCCAGCCAGCCACUCAAGAGUGCUCUGCAGAGCGAUCACGAAGUGGUCACGACAAACUGUAGUUAUGACACAGCAUCCAAUGGGAAUUCUGUUUUCAGUCGAACCUUUGCUCUUCCUUCUGACUCCUCAGUAACCAGUCGGUAGAGCACAGCCCACAAAGGGGACAAACACCAAUCAACUCCAGUGGCACGUGAGCCUGCCGGUACCUUCCCAUUCAGGAAUGAACCUUUAAAACCUGCAUAGUAGAUUGCGCUUUUUAUUGUACAUAGUAUUUUAUCGCCUCCAGGCCUUUUUCUUUUUCUGCAGAUUUUAUUUCCCCUUUUGAAGGAACCAGGGUGGUUUGUUUUUCACUGCUUUCCUGCAAGGUCAUGCUUUAUUUUUAUUUUUCGAUUAAUUGUGAAGAAAAAAAGAAUAAUGUGAAUUGAUUUGUGAGAUGUCUUUAUCGCAAAAAAGGUUAUAACCUUUAUUUCUUAUUUGUUUGCUAAUCCAAAGGAUCACGCAGCAUCACGUGUCAACUUUUGACAGCUUGAAGUCAUUGUGUAUAGAUUUGUAUAUAGAAUGCACCGAGAAGGCAAAAAUGGGCAGCACUUGGUAAUUCAUGAAUUCAUCUUUUGGAGAAAGUAAUGUGGAUUGAAGAUGGUAAUGUCAUUUGAAAAUAAAAGAAAACACCUUUCAACCUUGUUUCUUUAUUGUUAACACAAUUGAUCUCUCAGGUUGAUUGGAUGUAAGAAUAGAUAGAUAGAGCUGACUCCUGAUAAUUGUCUCGCCAGAUUCUUUACUUGUAUUCACUGUUGAUGUGCCAUUUGCAAAAGCAAGUGUAACAUUUCAGGCUCUCUGCUCUUCAACACAGUUUUGUUUUUGUGUCAGUAUGUUGGAGAGCAACUGAGGAUGAAUAAACCCCAAAAAUAUGAAGCCAUCCUCAGUCAUGUUGGGAUCAAUUUGCAGGUUGUCAGUCUGUGUUAUAAUAGACUUUCUGUGUGGAUGAAGAGAGAAGUGCUUUAUCGCAGUAAUGUUUUUGUCAUGCAUGUCAUUGCUGCAAAAAUCCUUCAAAUACAAAAACGGGCCUCGGUGCCAGGUAACCUGUUUGUUAAGCACUCAGACAGAGACGUCAAUGUAGUCAAACUAUUAAAAGCAAUAAACAUUCUUUAGUUGAAGAUUAUACCAAGCUAACCAACCUUUAACCUUUGUUAAUCAAAGAGAGAGUAGGGAAUCUCUAGUGUUAGUAGGUUUUAAGUAAAUCAGACCCCAUAGACACAAACAUUGAUUUUGGGGUGAGCACUGGAGUAUUUUAAACAUGGUGUCUCAAAUGUGUUAAUCCACCAUUUGACUGGCUGGCAGGUGUUUAUCAGCCCGAGUUGGGGCUCAUUAGAAGUGUAUUUACUGAGGUUAUCUGGACAACUUUGUAGAGAAAACCUGCACUAGCUCUUUGUUCCAGACUUGACCAGUCUCUGAGUUUAAAUAUAUGUUUUAGAAAACUCUGUAACCACACUUCUUGGAACUUGCCCUUGUUUCUGUAAACAAAGCAGACUGUUUACGUGUUCCUUCUGAAUUAAUAAUGCAAAAUCUAU